ACAGUGCAGAAAUACCCCUGAAUGACCGUCAUAGGUUAUCGAUGCAAGCUUUAUUCUCUCUGCUCUACUGUAGAGAUUCUUCAAGUGUUUGUUACAGGCUAAAUCAAUAGCGGAGGCAACAGAUUCUGUCCCCAAUCAGUGCGCGCUCUAGUGGACAAUACAAGAUGUUGUUGACGAAUACAGCCAAGAAGAUUUUGGAGAAUGUCUGGUCCCUGGCGUGCUGCGACUACGGUUGCUGUGACUGUUGCCGGGAGGACACAACCCCGCAUGUGAAGAAAAUUACGAAGUCCGACAUUCAGCAUUCAUUCCGUGAUUCUGUUUCCCGGCUUGAUUCCACGAGCUCCACCAACGAAUCAUCUACCCCGAAAAGCGUUCGCGAGCGUUCAGAAUCCGACAGUGUGUCCCGUACCGAUUCCGUAUCAUCGGCUACUUCGGCGAGUCAGUUUUCUUUUGAUUAUCGAAAACCGACGACGACUCCAAUAAUUGAUAUGAAACCGAUUGAGUUUUGGGCGGCGAACAAAGAGGCAAUACAACCGAAGCAAGGCCGCCGCCGGUUACCAAGCGAAACUGAAAUAACAAUAGAAAACUUUCAAAAAGAUCUUUAUGAGACUGAGAAGGUAAACAGGCAAAUAUGUAUGACAGAUGAAGAAAAAUUGUCCAAAUAUCAGCUUGGACAAAUCCAUUUUGGACUCCAGUACGAGGUAUCAACAAACAUUUUGGUUGUGAAAAUCAUUGAAGCGAAAGAACUGCCCCCACCGUACUGCCUAGAUGAAAACAAACAAGAUAUGGCACAUUCAAAUCCAUAUUGUCGAGUGUCACUUAUUCCUGACUCUAAAAACUCCCACCAAACCUCUGUACAGCGCAAGACUCAGGAACCGACAUGGAGCGAAUAUUUUAUGUUCGAGAUUCCGUUUAAAGAGGUAGGGGAAAGAACUCUAGAGAUUUUGAUUAAAGACUUUGAUAAGUACUCCCGUCAUUGUAACAUCGGACAGGUGCAUUUCCCACUCGAGGGACUGAAUCUCGUGAAGGGCAUACAUACAUGGAAACCUCUGUCACCUUGUAUUACAGAUCGACAUGAUCUCGGAGAGCUGCUGUUGUCACUUAACUACCUUCCAAGUGCGGGACGCCUGAACAUUGAUGUCAUUAAGGCAAAACAGCUGUUACAGACGGACAUAAUUGGAGGUUCAGAUCCGUUCGUAAAGGUGACACUGGUCCACUUCGAGAAACCAGUCAAAACAAGAAAGACCACUUUCAAGAAGAACACUUUGGACCCAGUAUUUAAUGAAUCAAUCAGUUUUAACAUUACACCCCAGCAGCUGGAUACCUCCAGUCUCGUCAUUACUAUUUGGGACUACAAUUCGAAAAGCAAAGAUGAUUUCGUUGGUCGUAUUGUCCUUGGGAAAUAUUCUACUGGGCCACACGAAUCAAACCAUUGGACGCGCAUGCUCCAGUCCCACCGAGUUCCGGUUGCGCAGUGGCAUUCAAUGCGCACUCGACAAGAAUGCGACCAGGUUUCACCAGCCUCUAUUGCAGUGCCAUGAUUUUGAAAAAAAACACACUUUUUUCCCCGCUGCUAAAAGAUAUUUGAUACUGCCCAUGCAUUUUGGAGGCUAAACAUACUUAAAAGGAGGAGAGUUGGACAGGAAGUAGGUUCGAGCCUAAUAAGGCUAUGAAGUUUGCGAGGAGGAAGAUGAUCAAUGUACAUAAUACUGUCAAACUAAAAAAAGAUACCGGUUGUGAAUUGUACAGUGUUUAUAGUCAAAGGCCGAAUAUUAAUUCGAUCUGACCCCAUGUAUUUUGCCAAAGUUCUGUUAUAUGUGCUACUUUGAUUCAGUUCAUUUAUACAUGUAGUACAAAACAUAGAGGUAAUGUUGAGUUUAUUUUUGUAUAUUGCAUUGUUUUUUUUAUUCAGAAUAACUUAUGUAAAUAGUAUUAUACAUGUUUUACAAAUCAUAUUUGAAAAGAUGUUUUUGAAAAUACCACCAUUAAGAUGUUCAUGCAGUCUUGUAUAAAUGUCUCCCAGUUGUGUUUUAUGUUUUUGACAAAAUAUACUUUAUUUCGGAAUACUGAUAUGGAAAUGUAUAGUUGCCGAGGAAACGCCUCUCCAAAAUGCCAUUCAUUGGCAGUUUGUGUAUCCUCGAAUUCGAUGUCUGGUUUGACUUUAAUUAAUGAUAGAAUUAUAAAAGCUCGAUUUAUAAGCUCGAUUGUGAAAGAGGCUUUGUAACUUACAUGAAAUACCGAGACAGAGCUUCACGGAAAUGACGUCAUUUUGGUAAAUUCUUUAAUUAGAGUUUGACAUCGAAUGAUGGAUGAAAUUGACAUAAACAUCUUGGCUGUCAGGUCGUAUAAAUGUCUUACCUGACAUGAUAGCAAAAGUCUUGGAUUUUGGCAAGAAUCUAUUGAUGUGUCAGUCGUUUUAAAGACAUUACUGUUUAAAUAAGUAGGACGUGUUUGCGUCAAAUGUAACAGCUAAACAGCUAAUGAAGCUGGUGUGAAACCGGCAUGUAUAUUUUUAUAUUUAUAUGAUAAGUGUAUAUAAAGUGUAUAUAAAUAUAUUAAUUUUUGUACUCUAAGACAUGUUUUACGGAUCGUGCAAACUGAUUUGUCGUAAAAUUUAAAUUCUGUUUAAAUUACUUAUAGUUUAUUGAUACAAAAUGGCCGGCGCUAUAAUUAACACACAUUGAACGUACACACGCAUUGAAUGUACCCUAUCAAAUCAAGGUUAAAACUAACCCUAACCUUUAAUCAGAAAGAUGUACAUUCAAUGACCACGCGACACAACGUCUGGCAACUAUCACCUUGUAUUAAUAACACAGUUAAGAUAAAUGGGACAUGCUUCGUUUUCUUUGGAACGGCUUAUUGUAUAUUCACAAAGCUGAUUCUGAAUAUGUAAAUGAAAUUCCAUUGUAAACGUCGCCUUGAAAUGAUUGAAUAUACUUGUAGAAACAAGAAAGCACAGGCUUGUCGCUGUUUAACAUGUUGCCGAAAAAAAAACGACAAAUGAAUUUGCACAGUCUAUAUAUAUGACGUUCUUACCAUAAGUUGAUCUGUCUGUGAUCCUGCGUUCCGAUAUUUAUUUUUUCCCGAAAUAAUCUGAUACUGAAAGGAAUAAAAAUAAAUUUUGAUAAACUUC